GGGCGAGCCCGUCCCUCCCUUGGGGACGAGGGGCAGAGCCGGGCCCCCGCUCGCCGCGGCGACGCCCCCGAGCCGGCCCAGCCCCGCCGGGCGGACGGGGCGCCGCGUCCCCUCGGAGCGGAGCGGGGUGGUGGCGUCUCUCGGCAGCAGCAUGGCGGGGCGAGCGGCCGGCCGGCGGGCGGGCUGAGGCGGGGGCCGGGCGGGGAGGCGCCGGCGGCGGGGGGUUCACCGCCUUUUCUUGCCGUCCCCCGCAGGGAGCGGCCGGUCCCCCGCGCCACCAUUGCCUCGCACGGUAAGGAGGACCUGCGCGCCGUCGCCGCCCGGCUCUGGCAGCGGAGGAGGCGGCUGCUGGCCGCCGCCGGGCUCGCCCUGGCCAUGGCCGUCGCCCUGCUCGUCGCCGUGCCCCUGCUUCUAAUGCAGGCACCCGCCGAGAGCGGUGCCCACUACGAGAUGAUGGGCACCUGCCGCAUGAUCUGCGACCCGUACAGCGGCGGGCGACCGCCUGGUCCCGGCAGCACAGCCGCCGUGGAGGCCCUGCAGGACCUGGGCGCCAACCCCCCGCCGCCCUUCGUCCAGGGACCUAAGGGAGAGCCGGGGAGGCCGGGCAAGCCGGGCCCCCGCGGACCCCCCGGAGAGCCGGGCCCGCCGGGUCCGCGGGGCCCGCCGGGGGAGCGGGGCGACGCGGGGAAGCCAGGGCUGCCUGGGCUGGCGCUGGCGGGCGCGGGCGGUGGGAGCGGCGGCGGGGCGGCGGCGGGCGGCGAGGCGGCGGGCGGGCUGAGCGCCGCCUUCAGCGGGCCGCGCAUCGCCUUCUACGUGGGGCUGAAGAGCCCCCACGAAGGCUACGAGGUCCUCAAGUUCGACGACGUGGUGACCAACUUGGGCAACCACUACGACCCGACCAGCGGCAAGUUUACCUGCCAGGUGCGCGGCAUCUAUUUCUUCACCUACCACAUCCUCAUGCGCGGCGGCGACGGCACCAGCAUGUGGGCCGACCUCUGCAAGAAUGGGCAGGUGCGGGCCAGUGCCAUCGCCCAGGACGCAGACCAGAACUAUGACUACGCCAGCAACAGUGUGGUGCUGCACCUGGACUCUGGCGAUGAGGUGUAUGUCAAGCUGGAUGGAGGCAAAGCACAUGGAGGCAACAACAAUAAGUACAGCACUUUCUCUGGCUUUCUUUUAUACCCUGAUUAACAUAAAACAAGCAACACCACACAUCUGGCCCUACCACUGAUACUUGUAGGGCUGGCUGGUGUUUCUGUACCCCGUUGUGCCGCUGUUCCUGCUGGCGUCCAAUGUCUCCACAGGUCACUUUAGCUUCAUUGUCAUUUUGUACUUUUUUGUUUGUUUGUUUGUUUUUUACUCCUGUGGAAAUGAAACAGAAGUGAAACAAAGCAAUCCCCUCCCUUACUCUCCCUCAAUUGCUCUGACCCUCCUCCCCUUUGUCAGCCUUGGUGUUUUGUGUGUCACAUGAGGAACUCGGCAGCUUGAAGUGGUUCCUGGGGGUGAAAGAGGGCCCAGAGUUUGGACUGUGCCUCACGUGGAAUUUGAACCAGUCACAAUUUUUCAUCAAUGAGUAUUAAUUACGAUGAUGAAUUUUCAGAUCAACUACUCAUGAAGUGGGACCGAACCAUAACUGUUUUUAAUUCUGCUGCUUUGUUUGUAUGGGGUCAAGUGUAAACUUUUCUUUUCUGUGCAAUGCAAUGCUCGUGUGAAUGACGGUGUCAUUAACGUCAGACCUGUUCCUGUCUGCAAAAGAAUUCAGUCAUUGACCACAAUCACCCAAAUACCACAUUAAAUUAUGUUUUUAGACAA